GUCCUUGGGCUGGAAUCAUAGAUCACCUUCAAGAUUCUAGAACUAGCACAGGGUUGAGGCAUACACCCCAUUUCAAAGGCUUUCAGGUUACAUCCUUCUUCGGCCAGGCUAUUCCUUGCAGCUAUGUCGCUACGUAAUUUCUUCGUUUUGCACAAGUCAGGAAGGACAUACUUUGCAAAAAAUUUUCAUGGAGAUGCCCUUGAUCAGAGCUUGGUGGUCGGCUUUUCUUCGUCUGUCUCGAAUUUCGCCCGCACCCUACUUGGAGAGGACAUCCGCGAGGUUAUUUCACUAAAAGGAAGGAUACUAUACAAAGAAUUUGGCGACUUCGUAUUCGUAGCGCAUAGUGACUUGCAGACAGGCAGCACCAUAAUUCAAUCCAUUCUACGGGAUGUUGGCGCCAUGUGCGAGUUUCUUUUUGGCUCACAUGAGUAUUGGGACGAAGACUUCUUUGACUUGAAAGGAGCACAAGACAUUAUAUCGACCUACUUCUCGAAGGUCGCGCAAGACCCAAGCACUGUUGUCAAUGGUGUCAACCAGAUCUUUCUUGAAUUAGAGAUAUGCGAGCGGCUCGAUAAGCUUCUAACAUUCCUGGAAAGCCAGGAAGGAGUAUGCGGAAACGGCACUAUGUUGAUACUCGGUGAUUCUGUCCUGUAUUCACGAUUUGGCCUUCAUGAGACCAGAAUGAUACUCCAAUACCACAAAGCCCGUCCUCUGGGCUUCAACUCCGUUCGCUUUACCCCUGUUUAUUGUCACGGCGCUUGGCAAAACUUAUACCUCAUUCGGCUCCAAAGUUAUGUGCUCGUUGUUAUGGCGUAUAUAGACAAACCUUUCGCACCGCUUCAAAGCAAGAUUGAAGAAUUCCGCAUAUCUUUUAUUCAGUCCCGACUCGAAAUCCCAACUGAGGAGCCACCAGUACUUCUUCGCCUGUUUGCAAAGCGAGAGACACUAGCAAUGUUGUACCAUAAUAUCAAAACCGGAUGUACCAUUUUCCCACAACUUCGACCUGGCCCGGACGUGCAGCAGAGGGAGAUUCUGUCGUCUUUCUGGGCGUUUUUUUCUGAUGCAAGUGCGAGCCUGCGUGUACCUGGCGUCACAGAGUUUUCUAUCACCCGGGACCAGUACCGUUUUUAUGCAAGAUCGGAAGGAGUUCAUAAACUUUACAUUCUUAUGGCAACGGACUCGGUAUCCUCCGAAGCUAUCCCUUCCAUAGCCUCCGAUGUGUUACGAAAUCUACGAACAUUUACCCCCGAAAGAUGAAAUACGGGAUGUAACGUCAGUCUAGUAUUCUUCACUGUACCAUACGAAUUGAAGAUGUGAGUUAUCAAUGGAAAUACGUGUCCAGGCGAAGUAAUCAUGAAAAGCAUCACAAAAUGCUGGGAUAUCUUCAUUCUAUUCGUCCACUUGCAUUCCCGUUAUGCUACUUAUACUAUCUGCUAC